GCAGUAGUAUAGAGGCGGGGGGUUUGGCUUCCCGGGCCGGGGCCGGGCCAUGGGGAAAGAGCAGGAGCUGCUGGAGGCCGCCCGCACCGGGAACCUGCCCGCUGUGGAGAAGCUGCUUUCGGGCAAGCGCCUCAGCUCGGGGUUCGGCUCCGGCGGCGGCUCCGGGUCCUCGGGGGGCGGCGGCGGAGGUGGCAGCAGCGGCGGCGGGGGGCACCCUCUCUCCAGCCUCCUCAGCAUAUGGAGAGGACCAAAUGUGAACUGUGUUGACAAUACUGGAUAUACUCCAUUGCACCAUGCUGCUUUGAAUGGUCACAAGGAUGUUGUGGAAGUUCUUUUAAGGAAUGAUGCAUUAACCAACGUGGCCGACUGCAAAGGCUGUUAUCCUCUUCAUUUGGCAGCUUGGAAAGGAGAUGCUGAAAUAGUGAAACUACUAAUACACCAGGGACCAUCUCACACUAAAGUGAAUGAGCAGAAUGCUCUUGAGAUCAAAGAACUCAAAAAGUACGGCCCCUUUGACCCCUAUAUCAAUGCCAAGAAUAACGACAAUGAGACGGCCCUGCACUGUGCAGCUCAGUAUGGCCAUACAGAAGUGGUGAAGGUUCUUCUGGAGGAGUUGACUGACCCUACUAUGCGCAAUAACAAGUUUGAGACUCCUCUUGACUUGGCUGCACUCUACGGGAGAUUAGAAGUUGUGAAAAUGUUGCUCAAUGCGCACCCCAAUCUUUUAAGCUGCAAUACUAAGAAACACACACCUUUGCACCUGGCUGCUAGGAAUGGCCAUAAAGCUGUAGUUCAUGUUCUCCUGGAUGCUGGCAUGGAUAACAAUUACCAGACGGAAAAAGGCAGUGCUUUGCACGAAGCUGCUUUAUUUGGCAAAACAGAUGUAGUACAGAUACUGCUAGCUGCGGGCAUUGAUGUGAAUAUAAAAGAUAACAGAGGCCUGACUGCUUUGGAGAUUGUGAGGGAGCUUCCAUCUCAGAAAAGCCAACAAAUAGCAGCUUUCAUUGAAGAUUGCACAACAGGGAAGAAGAUUGCAAAAGCAGAAGACAAGACACCGCCACCAUCAGCUACCUCUACUGAAACCUCAGUUCGUGUUCCCCAGGGGAAUGUGGAGAAAGCAGUGACAGAGCUGAUCAUAGAUUUUGAUGGAAAGCCAGAUGAGUGUCCAUAUGAAGUCUUGUACAAUGCAACAUCCUGCCAUUCUUUAGACAGCCUUGCCAGUGGAAGAUCUUCAGACAGAGAUUCAGUGAAUAGGGAAGCGGAGAUGACCAGUGUUAAAGUGACAGGAGUGAGGCCUAGAGAGCGUCCGCCGCCUCCUGCCAAGCCUCCCCCUGAUGAAGAGGAGGAGCCUGUAGAGAAGCAAAGUUCAUCUUCUAAGGGUUUUGUCAGCAAGAGGAAGAGUAGGGGAAGCACAGCUGAUGAAGAAGAGGAGCAUCCUUAUGAGCUGCUGCUAACAGCAGAAACUAAGAAACACGCUGCAACAGAUAAAAAAACAAAAGGUGAAUCAUCUUCAGGUCCUGCCAGCAGUGUCCAGCCACAGGCCUGGCCACGAAAAGGUCAGUCUUCCCAAGAUUCCCAGUGGCCACUGAAUUGCCAAGCUUCUUCUGACUUUUCUUCUAGUCAUUCCGAGCAAUAUCCAAGUCCUGAAUCAAAAGACCAAAGGACGAGCAGCAACAGCCAAGCAGAUGCCCAAGAUGCCCAAGUUCUGGAUCAGUUCUCAGGUCUGCUGCAUGGUUCUUCUCCAGUCUGUGAAAUAAAUGAGGACCCUUUCAGACUUAUUUCUGCUGUGGGCAAAGGAAGUACCGAGGGGACUGCUAUGCAGCUUGAAGAUGUUGAGGAAUCCAUAUCGGUACAGACUAGCACUGCAGACCAAAAUAAAGUGGUCUAUUCAACUGUCCGCCAUACCAGUGACAACAAGUUGGACCCUGAAACUUUAGCACAUCCUCACUUGCCACAGCACCCUGGUGGUGCUGAGGAAGGAGACAAGAGCAGUGUUGUGGGCAGAGUUCACCCAGGAGGCAAGCCCAGAGCAGAACUCAAACUUAGCCGUAGCUUGUCAAAAUCGGACUCUGACCUCUUGACCACCUCCCCAACAGAGGACGAUACUAUGGGGAGCAGAAGUGAAUCACUUACCAAUUGUAGUGCUGGAAAGAAAAGGCUGGAGAAAUCACCUUCAUUUGCUUCAGAGUGGGAUGAGCAGUUUCAGCAGCAGGUGCCUGAUGUCGCCGAUGUUCAAUCUUUCUCCAAUAUUGAAAAAAUAAUGAGCUCCAUUGGUGAAGGCAUUGACUUUUCUCAGGAACAGCAGAGGAUUUCAGGUUCACGGAUGCUGGAGCAGAGUGUUGGGGAGUGGCUGGAGUCCAUCGGCUUGCAGCAGUAUGAGAGCAAACUGCUUCUCAAUGGCUUUGAUGAUGUUCGCUUCCUGGGCAGUAAUGUCAUGGAAGAUCAGGACCUUCGAGAGAUUGGUAUUAGUGACCCACAGCAUCGCAGAAAACUUCUUCAGGCAGCACGGGCUCUUCCUAAGGUGAAAUCCCUGGGCUGUGAUGGGACUCAGCCUUCUGUUCCUGUAUGGCUUGACUCCCUGGGGCUGCAGGAUUAUAUUCAAUCAUUUUUGUCGAGUGGCUAUAGCUCUAUAGACUCUGUGAAAAACCUCUGGGAACUAGAACUAGUAAAUGUACUUAAGGUAAAUCUUAUUGGCCAUCGUAAGCGUAUAAUAGCCUCUCUGGCAGACAGACCAUAUGAGGAGCCCCCACAGAAACCACCACGGUUCUCUCAGCUAAGAUGCCAGGAUUUGAUAUCCCAGACGUCUUCACCCCUAAGCCAGAGUGACUCUUGUACAGGGAGGUCUGCAGAUCUCCUGCUGCCUUUGGGGGAUGCUGGAAAGAAGAGACAUGAGGGCAGCCAUGACAUUGCAUCAUACCCCAGAACAGAGAGACUCAAGGCACAGGAGGAACGCCGUGAAUCUAAACUUACACUCAGACCCCCUAGUCUGGCUGCUGCUUAUGCCCCUGUCCAACACUGGCAGCAUCAACCAGAGAAGCUUAUAUUUGAAUCCUGUGGGUAUGAAGCCAAUUAUCUAGGCUCCAUGUUAAUCAAAGAUCUUCGAGGGACAGAAUCUACACAGGAUGCCUGUGCAAAGAUGAGGAAAUCAACAGAGCAUAUGAAGAAGACCCCAACUAUAAUAUUAUCUAUCACUUACAAAGGAGUGAAAUUCAUUGAUGCAUCUAACAAGAAUGUUAUUGCUGAGCACGAAAUCCGGAACAUCUCUUGUGCUGCACAGGACCCGGAGGAUCUUUGUACAUUUGCCUAUAUCACAAAGGACUUGCAAACUAGCCACCACUACUGCCAUGUCUUUAGUACCAUUGAUGUAAAUCUAACAUAUGAAAUCAUUCUGACAUUGGGACAAGCAUUUGAAGUAGCCUACCAGCUGGCCCUCCAAGCCCAAAAAUCAAAACCUCCAGGUGCUUUGACAGCUGAAAUGAUAGAAACAAAAUCUUCAAAACCGGUGCCUAAACCUCGAGCCAGCAUGAGGAAAUCAGCAGUGCCGCUCCCUCCCGAUAGUCGCUGUUGUUACUGUCACACCUGUACUACACACCGUCCCUCCUAUCUGCCGCUGCAAUCUGUUAGUCAAGGAGCUAAGCUCGAGCCAUCUGAAGUGGACCAAGACUCCCAGUCCCAUGCUAGUGUGUCCUGGGUUGUAGAGCCCAAGCAGGAUUCCAAGAGGACCCUCAGCACUAAGUAUGAGACUACUAUCUUCUGAAAACAAAUCCUGCAUCCAACCAGUCUAACCGUGCCUUUGCAGUCUGAUCUGUCUGCUGUUCUAAAUCCCUCCUUCCUUCCAUUGCUGACACUAGGUGUGGCACCAUCAGAGGCAACAGCACUAGGAUACCAUAGACUAAACAGCAUUUUGUAUCUGAUCUCUACUGAACGCUGUGAAUUCUCCUAAUGGAAACAAGUGUAACUCACUGAGAGAGCUACCUGUUUUAGAUGUCUGUGAGGUGGGAGAAAUGAAGCCCGUAGGAGUCAAAUAUGUGGAUUUCAGAAAACACCCAGUGUUUCUUGACUUUCUCUUCAUUUUGACACUGUGAAUUUGUGGGGUGAAGUAACACUCCAUAGGCCUUUUCUAUUUAUCAUUCUAAACCUUGGACUGUUCUACAACUUUGGUCUCAUAUGUACAUGCUGUCUCAAUUUAGAUUUAUACCUCCAUACUGAGUCAUGGCCACAAAACUGUUUCCAAUAAGUAGCACUCUUCUACUUGUCAUCUCAGAAGACACUAACCACUGUGAUACUGCUUGCAAACCUCUUGCUCACCAGAUUUCCUAGCAUGGAUGCUGCUCACAAUCUUUGCUGUCCUUGGAUAACUGAAUGCAUGGUAUAAUAUAAAGUUCUACUUGGCAGUGUGUCUGCUCUACUUAAACGCUUUUCCUUUUUCCUAGGAGUUCGGCUUGGUAUAUUUAAGAAAAUGCCAAAAAGGGAUGUUUUCAGCUGUUCAUUAAACAUGAUGCCUUUUUUUAAAUCGUUUCCUGGAAUUAUCACUUUCUGUUCAGGUUAACCAAUCUGCUUAUAAAUAAUAAUUUUGAAUUGAUUCCCCCCUAAACUCUUGCUAAAAUUGAAACUUUCAAAGGCACAUGUCACUAAAUUGUACACAAAGACUGACAAUCAAGGGUGUACUUUUACUGUAACAGAACACAGUUCCCCUUUAGAAGAAAAGGGGUCAAAAUUUCAUGCAAAUAGCAUCCCUUUAAAAAUGGCUAAAUGUAGCAUUCCAAGCACACUGACACUAUCAAAAUAUUUGCCAUUUAUUUGUCUUCAAGCAGAUGAGCAGUCUGUUGUAUUUGCCUUAUUACAUUCUUCAAAUGGCAAACUUUACGUAGCUCAUUAAACAAUGAUUGCAAAGAAAUGUUGGAUUAGGACCUGCUUUUGAUAAUAACGUUAAGGCCAAAAUACUUAUUCCUACAGAGAUUAUUUCUGAUAUUGUUAGAGUAGAGAAGUCACUGUAUUGGACAAAGAUCUCAAGCAAUUUUUUAUCUAUCUCUGUUCUGAGAAUAGGGUCAGCAGUGAGACAGUUGUUGAUGAUAGGUGAGGUGGGGCCAGACAUCUGCCCACUGUCCCUGGAAUUAUGUCCAGGAAAUUAUACCAAAUUGUAACUAGGUAUAAUUACAGUUGAAGAAUUUAGUCUCUUUAGACUACUGCAGAAUUUAGUCUCUUUAUACUACUGCACAUUUGAGUGUUAAUAAAUAUAUCUGUGCUUUGCUUUUAUUCUCAAAAAGCAAACAAUUAUUUCUCUAAUAUGAAUAGUUUUAAUCUCUGUCAGUAAGAGCUACAGGAGUUAUUGGUGAUUUUUCUCUCUCCUGAAAACCAGAUAACAUAGUACAUGUGCCUUUUAAUGGUAAACUAUCCAAGAAACUCCUGCCAACCUAGCAGUUCGAAAGCACGUCAAAAUGCAAGUAGAUAAAUAGGGACCGCUACAGCGGGAAGGUAAACGGCGUUUCCGUGUGCUGCUCUGGUUCGCCAGAAGCGUCUUUGUCAUGCUGGCCACAUGACCUCGAAGCUAUACGCCGGCUCCCUCAGCCAAUAAUGCGAGAUGAGCGCGCAACCCCAGAGUCGGUCACGACUGGACCUAAUGGUCAGGGGUCCCUUUACCUUUAUCCAAGAAACAUCAGAGCAGUUGGUUAUGAACAGAGGGCAUCCACCAUAUGGCUAUAAAACACACAAAGCUGUGGCCAUUAACUUCUCCACCACUGUAAUUGAAGGCUUCCCUCAGUAGUUUUACAUGAAUGAAUAGCUCGUUCCCUAUAUUUCUUUCCAUUAAUAUUGUCCCCAUUCUGUUUGCCUUCUGCCAAGCUGAACAGCAGACAUCCGCGUUCCUCCAUGGAAAUGUAGUAAAGGGGCAGAGCACUAAGAAGCAGAGAAACCGUGAUGUAUGAAGAUCAACACCCGGCUCUGGGAUAUGUCCUUGGCUGCUCAUUAAGGACUUCCAGAGUUGAGUGAAAAGAGAUUCCAGCUACAAUCUGACAAAAAGCAGUAUGUGUUUUUAGCAAGAGAAUGAAACAUCUGAGGUUAAGAGACUGAUGCUCUGAUUUAAAACAGUGGUGUAAAUGCAGCAAUAUUGUGAAAUCCACAAUUUCAGCAUAACAUGUGUUGAUGAAAGUGGAGAAUCUUAACUGUUAAAAAUGUGAAUGUGCCUGUCUUACAGCAUAGGUUGAGUGGAUGCUAGAAUAUUAAGCAUUAUACACUUGAGGUUGCUAAGUAGUAGGCAAAGAUUCUGAAGUCACUGCAAUAUUAAACUUUGAAGGUACUGGCAACUGUGAAGGUACUGUACACCCUUCACAGCUGCAGUGAAAGAAGUGGAAAACAGGGCGUCUUUAAUAAAACUAUCAAUAUUUAACCCUUCAUGAUCAUUGCUGAACUGAUGCCUGGUACAAGUGUGCUUUUACUGCAAAGAACUCUUAUUAUUGCAGUAUUUCUUUUCUGGUUAAGUAAAAUUUUGUCACACAUUUAUAUAUACAUUGAAUAACUGGACUGUAGCUCCAUGCAUCUCAUUCCUGUACCAUAUUUUUGAAAAUGUGGUUGUGCCCUGAUGGUUUGGGAUUUUUAAGUAGUUAAUUCACUGAUUAGCACUUUUUAUACUAGUUCAUAAUUUAAGUAUACUUAGUAUAUCAGUUUCACAAUAUGAAAAAGAUGUGGAGAGAUUUUGGGCAUUAUGCUGAAACAGUUGUUUCUUGUUCUACUCCACCCAAGAACGACUGUAUGCUUCACAUAGAGUAUCACAGUCUCAAACACUGGUUUUGGCUAUGGCUGUGAUAUAUACAUCUUUCUAUAGCCUAUCUGAGGAAGUGCAAAUAAGUCUGUGUUAGCUUGUGGUACCCUGCUAUUUUGUUAAUGGCUUGUUUCGACUUCUGUAUCUUUAAAAUGUAAUUUAGUCUUAUUCCAGAUGAAAAGGUAUCGAGAAAAAACCAAAUCAUCUUCCCAAAGGCCUGGCUUUGGAAAUAAUUGGUGGAUGAAUUUUUGAAAUAUUAACAUUCCUUUAUAUUCAUAUGUGAAUGAUAUGCUGGUGAUGGUUAUAAAUACUGAGGUACUUAUAACUGUUGAGAGAAUGCACAGUGAACUGUUUUGCUAUAGAGAGGAUAGCCUUAGAACAUGGUGACAAAAUGAGCGAAAGCUUCCAACUUGCUUCUUCCAGUGAUCAGGUGCUUCCUUUCUCAGAGUUUACAUGGACAUACGGUAGCAAUAUCUAUGACAGUAUCUCCUGCUUAGGCAUUAUUUAUAAGAAGGUAAUCAAAGCCAUUCUGGACUGGACUUUUCCUAUGAAUUUUAGUUGUUCCUUGGCUCUGAGCAGUUUGAAUACUACGAGACUCCUGCCUCUCUGUGGGGUUUUGCAGCACUCUGAGGAAAAGUGCCCUAUAUUCCUGGCAUUGAAUGUGUUUUGAGGUCUUCAAUGAAAAUGCUGUUGCUGUUCUAGCACCAACCUGUGCUGAAGUGGCAUCAUCAAUGCUUUCCCCCCCAGUGCGCCAAAUGUUCCCCUUUUCAAAAAGAUGUAUGUCUUCUGUAGACUUCUUUUUAUCUUUUGUGUCCUGGAGAAAACACUAUAAAUUUUAAGGUGGCUAAAAGAACUGCUCCUUAGCUCUUGAAUGGGAAAUCAUGUUAUUAAAAUCAGACUCUUGAAAUAUUUUUAUUUUGUACAUGUCAUUGUUGGCUCAUAGGAUCUGGCAUUUUUUACUUUCUUAGCUUGAAAUGAAAGUCUUAUUUGAUUUCUGAGGUACGUAACAAUUCUGGCCCCCCAUAAAUGAAAUUCUAGAGCAGUUUAAGAGUUGUGCUGUUCUUGCAGACCAGAUAUCUGAGGGUACCUCACUUUUUAAAAUAACUUCUACACUUGUGAAACUAAAAUGAGUUGGGUGACACCUCACUCCUACAUUGUCUCCUUUUGCAUGAUCAGUAUGAAUGUCUAGCAGCAGGAAUUUACGCUAUGCUUGCACCUGAAGAGGGCAGGUUGAUUCUUGGUAACAGGCAGUUUGGUUUACAAUGUAGACACUCCUUUGCUAAUUGUGAUGUAUGGCAGUGGGACUGAUUUGUAAUAAAAAUGUUAUUUAAUCUGUCUUUGUAUUUUGAUACUUGAACUAUUUCCUUUUUAUUUUCUGUAUAUAAAAAUUGUUAAAUCUGUCCAUGUUUUUGUGGUACCAAACAUAACCAAUCUGUGCAACAACAUAGACUGACCUCACUACAACAAGGCGAGACUGUAAAUAUUCCUGGGCUUCCAGCAGUCGUUUUGUUGUUUGUUUUUCAUAAUUGUAUGACUUAGAGCAGACUAAAUUAAUAAAAUUAGACACAACA